AUGACUAGAUUGGGUCAAGGAGCCUCUGAGCUGAGCAAUGGGACUGAGCGGCAGGUGCUGCAGCCCGAGGGCCCCAUGCUGGUGGCAGAAGGUAACACACUCCCAUUGUGGUGUUCAGUGGACAGCUCCUGCACUGGUGACAUGAUUAAAUGGGUCAAGGUGAGCCAUCAGCUCCAGGAGAUUUAUAACUUCAAACACGGCUUCUUUCCUGGGGUGACGCAGCGGACACUGGAGCCACGUAUUUGUGACUACUCCAUCUAUAUCCACAAUGUCACCAGCAAGCAUGCUGGAAGCUGCCACUGUGUGGGGUUUAGUGACUUGAGUGAGAAAUCAGAAAAGACCUUAGAGGAGGGCACCUCCAUACUUGUGAAUGGAGCUGGGGACCCAGAGCCAGACCUCUGGAUCAUCCAGCCCCAGGAGUUGGUAUUGGCAACCACCGGAGACACUGUAUUCCUGAACUGCACAGUGCUUGGAGAUGGUCCCUCAGGACCCAUCCGGUGGUUUUGCAGGGCUGGUCUGAGCCGGGAGGCCAUUCACAACUUUGAAGGCAUCUCCCACCCCAACGUGACAGCAGUCCGGGCCUCCAGCAGGGAUUUUAGCAUUCUUCUGCAAGGUGCCUCUGGGGAGCGGGCAGGCACCUACUACUGUGUCAAGUUUCAGAGGAAACUCAACAGACAAUACCUGUCUGGACCGGGCACCAAGCUGAGAGUAAAAGCAAACUGCACUUCUCCCCAAGAGACAGAAUUCACCAGUGAACAUGUAGACAGGUUAUUUCCAUCAGACCUCCUGUCUGUGUUCACACUUGUGGUCCUGGGGCUGAAGACAAUGACCUUGGCUGCACUCCUGCUGGCCCUGGCUGCAUACUGGAGGAGGCGUCAGCAAGAAGACAUCAAGACUCCAGGCCCAGCAGGACUGGGCCCCCCUUAGCAUGGGGGCACGGAGCAUGGCUCAUGGGGCAUGGGUGAGGGGUGAGCCCCAGAGUGGGUCCUCUGAGUCGGAGAGAGACCAGGGCUCCUCAGCCACUUCUCUGCCUCUGGUCUCAACCUCCAGAUGUUCCCCAGGCCUCGUGCCAAACUCCGGGAUCCCCAUAUCUGGUUUCCACUCACCCGGUGAAGUUCCCCACCGGGCACUGACUGGGCUGCCUUCUGGUGUGCCAUGCGUGCUCUCCCUUCACAGCCUGUGCAAGCCUUCCUGGUCCUUCAUGGCUUGGCCCGGCUCUCUUCUUGGGGCCCUUGUUCCUGCUACAGCCCCGUCUGGAGUGGCUGCUCCCUUCCUCCACUCUUCACAUUUUCUCAUCCUUCAAAAUCCAACUCAGAGUCCUUUCCGGAAGGUUUUCCUAAGCACCUCUGAGCUUGCAGAGCCAGACUGCCCAGGCCCCUCCAUUUAUAUUCUUCUCUCCCCGUUUCCCGCCUUAUUUCCUUCCCACCAUGGCUGGCUUGGGUGGCUGUAAUAGGUAAAUGCAGGUUUGGCAACUUUAACAAAACUCUCUCUCCCUCUUUUUUUUUUUUUUUAAAGAUUUUAUUUAUUUGACAAAGAGAGACACAGCAAGAGAGGGA